ACUAAUUACAAAUCCGUGUUUCGAAUUAACAAAGUAAUGGAAGUUUAACUUACAAUCUACAGUGAUGAAUUAUGUAAACACAAAUAUUGACUAUCACAGUCUCAUGCAUUGAUUCACCGCGAACGAGGUCGAUGUAUCAUAUCUGAUCGACGCUGAAUAUCAUUGUAAACUAUGUACGUUUGCCUGUUACAAUGACCUAGGCCUUACUUCCGAACAAUGUCACAUUAGUGAUGGGAGCCAUCAUUUGUAUUUUCUUUUGUUUAUUUGAUAUGCUGAUUAUCACUAUUUACCAAAAAAAUACUUUGUGAAAUAACAAAAGAAGUUUUUCAGAUACUGGAUCGAGAACAAUUUCAAACUCGAUUUGGAGAAAUAUGCCUGUAUCGAUAAUUUAUAUGUAAAAAAGCUAUCGCAUUACCAAAUUACGAAACAAUGACCAUCAAAUUAAAUCCAAUGCAAUUAAAAAUAUGGCUGAGAUUGUGGAAGGAAGGGUCAAAUAGAAUGUACAGUUUCUUUUAUUGAUUAGGAUACAAUUCGCGAACUCUAGUGCGGGCACAACCGUAUAAAUUAUUUUAGAUAUUUAUUUAUAUAUAAUAAUAGGACAAAACAAUAUUUUCUUCGGUUUUCACAAGUUCUAGACAUAAUUAAAACUAUUUUUACAGUUUGAUCCCGCGUUUUUUAUUGUCAUUGUUGUCAUUAUUGGUUUUUCGACAUUUCGAACCCUAUACAGCUUUGGUGGUCACGCACAGUCGUUCGGUCAGUAGACUGGGAUUACAUAAACUGUAAAAGCAGUUUUAAUUAGGAUAUAUUCAUUUAAUAGACGUAAAAAAUAUUUCAUAAUCAUAAAACUGAGGAUAGGCCCAGUAGAUGUGAAGGUAAGUAAAAGUAAAUGACCUUGGUGUUGUUUAUAGAAUGUGAUGAAGUGAUGAUUCUCAAGAGUUUGGCCUGAUUUAUCGACUAUAUUGCAUUUGUUUUAUUACAUAACACCGAAGAGGCGUCAAUUAUGUUCUUACAUAUUGAUACGAUUUUAAUAACAUGUAGUUACCGUUCUAAUACCAUCCAACCAUCGUAUUUGCUAGUAACUUGUGUAUUUUAGAUGGUGUGGACGUGGCGAGUGGAUUUUAUAUUUAUUAUAAUAGAUUUUAUAUUAGCCGUUAUCAAAGAAAUGCGCAAAAAAACCACUGCUUUUUUAUUUUUUAUACGAAUAUUUGGUUAGUAAUCUAGUUUCAAUGUCAAACGACGAAUUAUACAUUAUUAAAUAUGCAGGCUAACUUCUCCUGAAAUAUCUUAUCAUUAAAAAAUCAUUAUAUAUAUUUAUAUGUCUAUAUUCUUAAUAGACGGUGAAAGAAGUAACGUAGUGAGAGAAAAGAUAACCCUUGCUAUUGUAGGAUAAUUAAUUAUUAUAAAAUUUUUUUAUAGAUUUAUUUAUUAUAAAAAAAAAGAACUCAAUAUUCCUAACCUAAAAGUACAUGUUAUUAUCCGCAACAUGCUUCGUCAGAUUACAGAAAUAAAGCUAUCAGCAACAUGCUUCGUCAAAAAGUACAAUACUGACUUUCAGCUGCAAGCGUCGUCAUAAGUAACAGGAUAAUUGUAGGAUAAUUGUCUGUUUUAUGGUACUGAUACUAGGCCACUAUUACUUAUAAUAAUAUACAUAUUUUUAUUGCUUAAACGGGUGAAUGGCGCAUCUAGUGCUAAGUGUUUCAAACGACGCGAAUGCCACCUCCCAUUCUCAGACAUGAGGUCGUUGUUGUAAUUACGUUAUAUAAUGACUAUUGCCUUCAAAACGUAACACAUCACUUCGCGACAGAAAUAAGCAGAAUGGUGUCAUCCACUCGUGUGGACGUGGCGUACCAUAACAUCAGUAAUUACACAAAUUUAUAAACUGUGCGACUUUGAUUUUAUUACACGAUGCUUUUUCUUUAAUGUAGAAUUUUUUUUUAUUGCUUAGAUGGGUGAACUAGCUCACAGCCCACAUGGUGUUAAGUGGUUACUGGAGCCCAUAGAAAUCUACAACGUAAAUGCUGCCACCCAUUUUGAGAUAUGAGUUCUAAGGUCUCAGUUUAGUUACACGGCUUACAAACCGAAACGCGUUACUGCUUCACGGCAGAAAUAGGCCGGGUGGUGGUACCUACCCGUGCGGACUCACAAGAGCUCCUACCACCAGUAAAGAAAAAGGAACAAGCAAAAAAAGGUACCAACAAGAAAACAACCUACAACUGUAGUAGUACUUUGCAACAACGAAAGUCGUAGCGCUUGAUUCAACUAAUUAGUUAAUAUAUUAUUUGUAAAUGUGCAUCAAAUGAAUUUUAUAAUAAGUUGAAUGUAUCGAGGUCUAUGACAGCAUUCACGCAGUUGUUAUAUUCUCUGGUUACAGCAUAAUACAGAUUGAGCUUAGAAGGGUCAGCUGGCCUAUGCGUCUAAAUAAAAAAACAUUAGCAUAACCAUAGACAGUACAACACAGUUAUGCACAUGUAUACAAUCAUUUAGAUAGAGAUAUAUGAACUCAAUGGAUAACGUAGAACAAGUUCAUCUGGAUUGUUAUGUAGGCGGACGAACCUUAAUCGAUGUGUUUACGUAGAAUCCAACCUUAAGGUUUGCAUAAAUUAAAAAAAUGCAUCAUAACUGAAAAAUAAAUAGUCUUUUUUUAGUUAAAUCGGUAGUUGUUCAAAUUUCUUUUUUAAUAGUAAUUUAUAUGUUAUGAUAAAUCGAAUUUUCGGAAAAUUCGGACUUAAUUUUCUUAAUAAUCGCAAAUUCGGAACGUAAAUUAGGUUGUAUUGAUAAAUUUCGUUUUAAUGUGUUACUUCUUAAUGUGCUAUUUGUGCUAAAUGUAAAAAAAAUUUAACUUACCUAAUCUAAGUAAUGUAAGCUUAAUUUAAUAAAAAUUUCUAGAAUAAACAUUAGUUAUUUAAUUCAUUCAGGGUUUUAUUGUUGCACGUGAGAUCGGUGUGCAAAGACAUCAUAACAUCAUAACGGAAAAUGCACUACCUAUUAUAUGUGAUUAAAGUAUGAAUGAAACUACCAAAAAAAAAACUGUAAUGCGUGUUUGUUUUGUGGUAAACAUGGAUAAGAAAGCAGGAGUUCUUUUCUGACUCUACAAUUAAAAUCGUAAAACAUAAAUUUAUUAAGACAAAUUUUGAUAGUAGUAAAUAAGAUACAGAAAAAAAUCACUCUCAAAUGUGUCUAAGAUACUAAGAUUGAGUCGCAUAUAUCAACUUGGUCGAGGCUUUAUUUACACAGUCAUACCAAAGUCAGUGAAGCAAUCAGACGAGACUUACCAGCAUGGUAGCGAACUUAUCUGACUUAAACGAAUGACUGUGGGUUUUUUUUCGAUGAAUUUAUUGCCGAUUAGCAGCAACUCUGCGAGGACGUCGUCAAGUUGCUGAUAGGUAUUUUGUAUAUAACUCGAGUACUCGCGGCGCGUGGUUCCACUAGCGCAGUGCACCUGUGCGCUGCCUCAUUUGGAAAGGCAAAUCUUUUAGUGUUUAAUAAAAUUGAUAAAUUAUAUUAUCAAAAUUAAUCAAUCUACAAUAAUAAAACAUUUUUUUAAUUAAUCUUCAGUGCUAAUAAACAUGAGUCAAACACAUGUGAACAAUGGGUUCGACAUGUCCUCGGAGAAUCCUCCGACGGACAGGGACCCGUCAUUGAAUCGUCCAGGAUCACCCAAGCCGAAGCGAUCCACAAAACCUGAUCUACCUCCUCCGGCACUGAAGGUUCCAGUCAAUGAAAAGAAGGCUUUCGAAGAUAUAGAAGGUGCUCCUGAACGUAUGAUGUGGUCUAAUCAAAUUGAAUUCCUCAUGUCGUGCAUCGCUACAUCAGUGGGCUUAGGCAACGUAUGGCGGUUUCCAUUCGUUGCAUAUCAAAAUGGCGGCGGGGCCUUCCUUAUACCCUAUAUCAUAGUGUUGUUUUUAGUCGGCAAACCCAUGUACUACCUCGAAUGUGUUUUGGGACAGUUUAGUUCGAGAAAUUCUGUCAAAGUUUGGUCUUUAUCACCAGCAAUGAAAGGAACCGGCUAUGCUCAAGCUUUGGGUUGCGGAUACAUCCUAUCUUACUACGUAGUAAUUGUUGGUCUAUGCCUGUAUUAUUUGUCAAUGAGUUUCCAGUCUACACUGCCAUGGGCUGUUUGUGAACCUGGUUGGGAAAACUGCGUGCCUUCGGAUCCUAACAGUGCCCCAGUUGGAACCGUAGUCAACGGCACCAGUAGCGCGGAGCUUUACUUCUUGAGAACAGUUCUUCAGCAAAGCGAUGGUAUCGAAGGCGGACUCGGCGCUCCUAUAUGGUACCUGACCUUAUGUUUGCUCGCAACGUGGGUGAUUAUUUUUGUCAUCGUCGCACAAGGCGUGAAGAGUUCUGGCAAGGCUGCAUACUUCCUAGCUUUGUUCCCCUAUGUCGUUAUGAUCAUAUUGUUCAUAACGACUGUAAUUUUACCCGGAGCUGGUACGGGAAUCCUCUUCUUCAUAACGCCUCAAUGGAGUAAACUAUUAGAGUUAGACGUAUGGUAUGCUGCAGUAACGCAAGUAUUCUUCUCGUUAACAGUUUGCACUGGAGCUAUCAUCAUGUUCUCAUCCUAUAAUGGUUUCAAACAAAAUGUCUACAGAGAUGCAAUGAUUGUUACAACUUUGGACACCCUCACAAGUUUGCUAUCCGGCUUUACUAUUUUCGGUAUCCUCGGUAACUUGGCUAAUGAACUAAAUUCUCGAGUAGAAGAUGUGGUCGGCUCUGGAGGAACCGGACUAGCUUUCAUCUCGUACCCUGACGCCAUUGCAAAAACGUUCAUGCCACAGUUGUUCUCAGUUCUGUUCUUCCUGAUGAUGGCUGUGCUGGGUGUGGGUUCAUCUGUGGCUCUUUUGUCGACCAUCAACACUGUAGUGAUGGACGCUUUCCCCAACGUUCCCACAGUGUUCAUGUCGGCUCUCUGCUGUACCGUUGGAUUUUUAGUGGGACUUGUUUACGUCACACCUGGUGGACAAUAUAUAUUGGAGCUUGUCGAUUACUACGGUGGAACGUUUUUAGUAUUAUUCUGCGCCAUUGCUGAAAUUAUUGGUGUAUUCUGGAUAUACGGCUUAGAGAAUCUGUGCCUCGACAUCGAAUACAUGUUGGAUAUAAAGACGUCUCCUUACUGGCGCAUGUGUUGGGGUCUGAUCACGCCAGCCAUGAUGAUUAUUGUAUUCCUGUACGCACUGAUUUCAUACGAAGCAUUGCUCUUCGGAGGAAUGGCCGGAUAUGUGGCUGGUUACCUGUUGUUGAUCGUGGGUAUUUUGUUGGUACCGAUUUCCAUCUGCCUUACAUUGUACAAGUACAGGACUGGAAACUUCAUUGAGACUCUAAAGCUUUCUUUCCGCUCCAAGGAAUCUUGGGGUCCAAGAUCAGCUGGCGAACGCAGAACCUGGCUUUCAUUUAAAGAAGACGCGAAAGUAUUACGAGAAAAACUUAAUCCCUCACGAAUCACGCAUGUCUGGUAUAGUUUAAUAGGAAGCUACAGACGACGAAUCUAAUCUAAUUUUAUGUGUAAAUAAAAUCAUUAGUCUAAGAUUACUUUAAUGAAUUAUUUAUAUUAAUUGAAAAUGAUAUUGUGCCAAUGAUACUAUAUAAAUAUCGUAGUAAAUUAAGUAUUAUGUAAGUUUUAUAAAAAUAUUCGAUUUAUAUUAACAAACAUCACUCAUAAAAUUACUCAGGUUUUGUCGCAUCUUGAAAUUUAUAAACUUAUAAUUGACUAGAUUGUAAGACAUUUCUUAUUGUUGAUGUACCUAAUUGAUGCAAUUUUGUUUAACCGAAUACAUUAUUAACGUGUUUAAAGUUAGUUAAAAACAAAAGGUAAGCUCAUUCACUGUUGUCCAAUUGAUCAUCAUUGAUUUUAUUAUCACUUUGUAAUUCAUAACGAUAUGGAGCAUCCUGGUUAGUGAAGAAAAAAAUAUUUCUAUUGCUAUUAAAUUUAUACAGUAUAUCAGUAACAUAUCGGUAAUACAAGUGAGAUAUAUGUAUAUGGGUUAUUAAAUUACAAUGAAAAAGACAAAAUUUAUUUCGUAUUUGCGAAAAGCCCCUAUAAUUAAAGAACGUUUGAACCAAAGAAACAUAGUUAUUGUUUUUAUGUUUGUGAUAAUAAACUGAAAAUCGA